UUAGUUGUGUAGGCACAAUGUUUUCCUCGGAAAAAAAUUCAGCAUAGGAAAGCGUGAAUAAACAGAAAAGGUAUAAAGCAGCUGAUAAACAAAAAUAAAUGACACAUACUCAAUUUAGAAGAAAAUACAAAUAUUGAAGCAGAAGAUGCUUAAUCUAUUCUAUUCUAUAUAUAUAUAUAUGUGUGUGUGUGUGUGUGUACUAUAUAGAAUUCAAUAUGAUGUCAGUCCCCCUUUAUCAGCUAUUACAGCUUCAACCCCUCUGGGGAAAAAGAAAGAUAUUGCACAAAAAUAUGUAAAAAAAAAAAAAAAUGAUAAAAGGAAAAAAAACAAACAUGCAAUUGUCCCCCCACCAACAUUUUACACACACCAUGAUAAAGCAUAAAAUGAUUCUCUAAAACGAUGCAAAAUAGAAAUCUGACUUUUUACCGAGUGGGGAAAUUAUAUUUUGGGGCCCACACCAGUGACUCCCUACAAUACGUUAUCACAGGACGAUACACACUCCUGAUUGAAGUAAGAGCCAGACCUGAGAGAUCCCACAGCAGCAGCCUCAAUCACUGAGAGGGGUCAAUCACUGAUGUGGAGAAUCCCUCUGAGGGAAGCACUGGAGUUAAAACUAAAAUGUAAAAAGAAUAAAAUAAAUAAAUGUCAAAACAGAUAUAAAUAACCAGAUAAGUAGAAAAAAUAAACCUUACUAGACAGAUAUAAAUCACUAAAAGUGAAAAUAUAUAUAUUAAAUGGGUAAAAAGAAACCAUAAAAUAAAUAAAAUAUCAAGCUAGUUCCUGAAUUUUAACUGAAAGCCAGAUUACAAACAUGAACAGUCUCUGUGGCCCUCAGGCUCUUUGGGAUGCUGUUCCACAUGUGAGGUUCAUAAAAACUGGAUUAGGCCUCACCGUAUUUUUUAGUUCUGCAUUUUAGAAUAAGCAAAAGGCCGUUACCAGAGGAUCUCAAGGGCUCAUACUUUAAAAUCAUAUCAGAUAGAUGUGACAGCCCAAGAACAUAAAAACAUGUAUAAACCAAUAAAAUAAUAUAAAUACUUCAAUAAAAUCAAUUCUGAAAAUGUAUGAAAGUUUACAGUAAAAAUAAGAAGUUUUUUUUCUUUCUUUUAAUGAAAGAAAAGAGUGUAUGAAGUCAGAAGGAAUUCAUACAAUCAUAAUUUUUACUUUACCUGGAACAAACUGGCGUGUGUUUAUACUGCGAUUAUCAUUAUUGUUAAAAAAAAAAAGCAAUGUGCACUGAAGCAGAGGACACCGUCUUCCCAGCAGAGAAGCUCGGGAAACCUACCCGUUCUUGAACGCACCACCGCCUGCUCCGGAAACGCUUGUGUGUUGUUGUUGUGAAUGGCGAGCAUGGACACCUAUGCGCCAAAACAUUCCAAUAAAAGGUUGCUGUAGCCUUUUCCCAGUAUGAACUUUGAAGGUCUCGAUGCAGGGAUGGGGGAAUUCCCACCAAACCUCCACGGGACUCUUGACGCUGGACUGGAGCCUUCCAUGGACCCCCACUUAAACCCCACGUUACUCCAGGGGGUGGAACUGGAAGCGGAGGGCCUCACCAUGACAGUUCCCGAGCCUGUGCACAUGAUGGAGGGACUUUUCUCUGAGCUUCACAGUGUCGUGUCCGAAGUGGGCAUCCCAGUCACUGCAACACAUUUUGAUAACCAGGAAGAAAUACUGUGGAUGGGAAACCACAGGGGUCACGUGACAUCGUUCUUUGGGCCUACGAUGGGACGUUAUUCAUCUUUCCAAGUGCACGCUGCAGAUGACAUCCGACACAUACAGAGUUUGGAAACAGGAGUGUUGUUCCUUUCCAAAUCUAACCUCAAGUGCUUCACGCGUGGCGGCCUGGUUAUGUUUGAUUAUCCAAUGGAGGAAGGAGCGGACAUGCAUAGUCUCCUCAUGACCGGUAACAACACCCUCCUCAUGGGUGGGCUGCAAAACUAUGUUGCUGAAGUUGACUUAAAUACUGUUCAAGAAACUCAAAAGUUUACCGUUGAAAUACCUGGAGUGGCCAUAAUGAGACAGAGCAAUCGUUUCUUCUUCUGCGGGCACACUUCUGGCAAAGUGACCCUUCGUGACCUUCGCACUUUCAAGAUGGAACACGAGUUUGAUGCGUUCUCCGGAAGCCUGUCGGACUUUGACGUUCAUGGGAAUCUUUUGGCGGCGUGCGGGUUCUCCAGCCGUGGAUUGAACGGGUUAUCGUGCGACCGUUUCCUCAUGGUCUAUGACCUUCGGAUGAUGCGGGCUGUUACUCCGCUUCAAGUUCACGUGGAUCCCCUUUUCCUGCGCUUCAUCCCCACUUACACCUCACGCCUUGUGAUCAUCUCACAGACAGGUCAGUGUCAGUUUUGUGAGCCCACUGGACUUGCCAACGUGGCGGACAUAUUCCACGUGAACACCGUCGGCCAGCUCCUCAUGAGUUUUGACGUAUCGUCCAGCAAACAAGCUCUAGGCUUUGGGGAUUCAGGGGGUUGUGUGCAUCUAUGGACCGACGUUCCAGAGGUGUCUUUCAACGACUACUCUCGGGAGACGGAGUUCGCUCUGCCCUGCCUGGUGGACACCUUGCCCCAGCUGGACUGGAAUCACGACCUGCUGCCCCUCUCCCUCAUCCCGUUGCCCCUGACCAGCACUGAGCCGCUGCUGUCGGACUGGCCUACAUCUCUGGCUGCACCACGACCCAGGCGAGCUCCCCCUGUGGACCCGGAAAUCCUACGGACUAUGAAGACCGUUGGGUUCAUCGGUUAUGCAGCAAAUCCUCGGACACGCCUUCGGAACCAGGUUCCCUAUAAGAUUAAGGAUGCAGAGCUGGAUUAUGAUAAUUACAAGCAGGUCCCCGAGUCACCAAUCGGGCGUGAUGAGGAGCCGCACCUCUGCAUGGUUCUGAAGAAGUACAGGAAGGUCACAAUUAAAUAUUCCAAACUUGGACUGGAGGACUUUGAUUUCAAACAUUACAACAAAACCUUAUUUGCUGGCCUUGAGCCGCACAUUCCCAAUGCGUACUGCAACUGCAUGAUUCAGGUGUUAUAUUUUCUGGAGCCAAUCCGGUGUCUAGUGCAGAAUCAUUUAUGUCAAAAGGAGUUUUGUUUGGCCUGUGAGCUUGGCUUCCUCUUCCAUAUGUUAGACUUGUCUCGAGGAAACCCUUGUCAGGCUAGUAACUUCCUCCGAGCGUUUCGCACCAUCCCUGAAGCCUCAGCUCUGGGUCUGAUCCUCUCGGACUCUGAUGAGCAAACGGGGAAAGCCAAACUGGGCCGCCUAAUCCAGAGCUGGAAUCGCUUCAUCCUCACCCAGCUCCACCAGGAGACGCAGGAGCAGGAGGGUCCGCAGGCCUACCGGGGAGCCAGCAGCAGCUCUUUGGGCUCCUCCGUGGAGUCCGCCAUCGGAAAGCUGUUCGGCUGUGAGGUGGAGAACAGCAGUCUGUGCCGCUGUGCAAAGGAAACGGUCCGCUCCUCCCUCACGCUGCUGUUCACCAUGCACUACCCCGAACAGAACUCUCAGGACAAAGUGAUAAAGGAGUAUGACUUUGCUGAAAUCCUGAAGAAGAGCAUCUGUCUGGAGCAGAGCACCCAGGCCUGGUGUGAAAACUGUGAGAAGUAUCAGCCUACUGUGCAAACGCGCAACAUCAGAUGUUUGCCAGACGUUCUGGUCAUUAACUGUGAGGUGAACAGCGCUAAAGAAGCUGAGUUCUGGAAGGUUCAGGCAGAGUAUGCAUUCAAUAAGGCCAUGCAGAAAGAAGCAAAGGAAACUUCAAAGCUUGAUGAAGCUCCUCCUCCCAUGCCAAGCGAGUGGUGUUUGGACGGUGAGGAAUUAUGCAGCAUGGAGGGCCUUGCGAUUGACACCCGGGCGGAGGACCUGCGGCACGUUUGGAUCCCUCUCACGCUGAAGAUGUCCAUCAGCAAGAGUCAGGGUCUGGAGAUCUGCAGCUGGUCUGAGGGAGACGAGUUGAGCGCUGUUGAGGAGGAGGAAGGCGCCUCUCUGUACGACCUGGUGGUGACGGUGCCCCACAUUCAGGAUGGACGCACAGGAGGAAACCUGGUGGCGCACAUCAAAGUGGGUGAGACAUACCAUCAAAGAAAAGAGGGAGUCACACAUCAGCAGUGGUACCUCUUCAAUGAUUUCCUAAUCGAGCCCAUUGACAAGGCUGAAGCUGCACAGUUCGACGUGAGCUGGAAGGUCCCUGCCAUCCUGUAUUACGCCAAGAGGAACUAUCACACCAAAUACGACCUCCGCAUUAAAAAUCCCAUCGACGCCAGCGUGCUGCUGACCGAGGCUUCUCUGGCUCGGAAGCAGAGGAAGAGUCACGCCACCUUCAUCCCUCUCAUGGUCAGUGAGAUGCCGCAGGCUGGUGACCUGGUGGGGCUGGACGCAGAGUUUGUAACUCUUAAUCAGGAGGAGGCAGAGCUGCGCAGUGACGGCACCAAGUCCACCAUUAAACCCAGUCAGAUGUCUGUGGCCAGGAUCACGUGUGUGAGGGGCCAGGGGCCCAACGAGGGGAUUCCCUUCAUCGAUGACUACAUUUCCACUCAAGAGCAGGUUGUUGACUAUUUAACACAAUAUUCUGGCAUCAAACCAGGAGACCUGGAUGCUAAAAUCUCCUCAAAGCAUCUGACGACACUCAAGUCCACCUACCUGAAGCUGCGCUUCCUCAUCGACACUGGGGUUCGCUUCGUCGGCCAUGGCUUGCAGAAAGACUUUCGGGUCAUUAAUUUACUGGUUCCAAAAGACCAAGUUGUCGACACCGUCUACCUGUUUCAUCUGCCUCGCAAGAGGAUGAUUUCCCUGAGAUUCCUUGCUUGGUAUUUUUUGGACCUCAACAUUCAGGGAGAAACCCAUGACAGCAUAGAGGACGCUCGCACCGCGCUGCAGCUUUACAAGAAGUACCUGGAACUGAGCCACGGAGCCGGGAACGAUGAAAUGAGAAAGGUCCUGAAGGGACUGUAUGAAAAAGGCAGAAAGCUUGACUGGAAAGUACCAGAAUCGGAGGCGGGAGACGGUCAAGGCGCUGCUGUGUUUCCCUCUGUGAUGGGGCUGUGAGCCGCUCCGACAUCCGUCCUCACUCCGGAUCAUUCCCGCUCGCUCAUCUUUAAUUCACUGUCCUGGUUUAUGCUUAUUUACAUAAUCUACAGAGCUCGUGAACGUCUGGACUUUCCAGCCCAGACCCCCGACGACGAAGCAGUUUUAGUCAUUUACACUCUUCAUCUCUUAACAAUCUUAAGUUAAAAGAGUUUGUAUUUUAUGGUUUUGUAUUUUUUAACUGCUUAUAAAUAAACGGCAGCAUGACUGUUGUAAAAUGCUUA